AUGCGGUCAAGAUGGCUUCCGCGGAGCAGGUUGGCUUGAAUAAAACUUGGGAAUUGUCGCUUUACGAGCUUCAUCGGACACCUCAAGAUGCGAUUACAGACAACACGGAAAUCGCUGUUAGCCCGCGGAGUUUGCACAGUGAGCUUAUGUGCCCGAUCUGUCUGGACAUGUUGAAAAAGACCAUGACCACCAAGGAAUGUCUCCAUCGUUUCUGUUCCGAUUGUAUCAUUACGGCGCUCAGGAGCGGUAAUAAGGAAUGUCCAACAUGUAGGAAAAAACUGGUAUCCAAAAGGUCCCUCAGACCAGAUCCCAAUUUUGAUUUACUCAUCUCCAAGAUAUACCCCAGCCGUGAUGAAUAUGAGGCACACCAGGAGAGAGUACUGGCAAAAUUGAACAAAUCUCAUUCGCAGGCUGCAUUGGUAAACUCUAUUACAGAAGGGAUCAAGUUACAAAGUCAAAAUCGCCCGCAACGCUCUAGGAAAAAUGCCAAUGAGUCAGAAAAUGCCAGCAAUGCUACAUCCUACAAUAAUUCUCAAAAUGCUAGUGCACCAGCCACUCCAAAUGCUGCUAAUGCUGCAAACCAGAGUGACUCCUCUCAGAGCACAACAGGCCCUUUAAACAACAGUAGUGGAGAAUCACUAUUUUCAGGUACCACAUCCAGAAAUUCUACCACACCAUCACCAAACCCAGCAAAUCAAAUUCCCAAGCCACCAAAAAGGCAGAAAAGUCUACAAAACUCAGAGAACGAUUCUUCUAGCGCUGAAGCAGAGACUGGUGGUGGUGAUUCUAUGGUAGAUACAGAAGGAGAAGGUCCUAGUGAACCUUUAAUGCUAAACGAGAUCGAACUCGUUUUUAAACCACAUCCCACGGAGAUGGCCGGCGAUAACUCGUUGAUUAAAGCCCUCAAAGAGAAUAGUAUUCGAUAUAUAAAAACGACUGCUAAUGCGACAGUGGAUCAUCUGAGUAAAUACUUAGCCAUGCGACUAACCUUGGACCUGGACACAGAAUUAUCAGAAUCAGAUAGGUUACUGAACUUUUGUAUCUACAUAGCACCUUCUCCUGGCCAGUUGGUAGUGCUCAGUGGAUCUCAGACGUUGAGACAGGUCAACGAUAAAUUCUGGCGCGUCAAUCGACCCCUGGAGAUGUAUUAUUCGUGGAAGAAGACCUAGGGAAGGCCUCGAAAAUAUCAAUCUGACGGGAGCUAGUCGCGUUCAGCUCCAAACAAACAUACAAAAAAAAAGUAAAACAUUCGUACUGCGUGGAGUACAGAACGAAAGAAAACGCGUAUUGUUAUAUCAGAAAAUAAGAAAAAAGGAACGAGCGAUAUAUUUUACUGUACUUCAAUAGCCUUGGAUUACGUUCAAGGAAGAUGGAAGAUACGGGGAGAAGAAGUUCCUCGUGAACGUCGAUAGUGGUGCAAUUUUUGGGACUGGUGUGCUGCCUCUGAUAGAGGAACGAGUAGAAGAAACGGAUAGGAUUUUUAAUUGAAGCUUUGUACAGCGAUUAAUUCUAAAUGCAAGCAACAAAGAGUCUCCCGGAUACUACAUACUGCCAUUCUCACCAGAUUAUUGCAUUGCAUCGCGAACGGAUCGAUGAGUUUUCACGUUCAUCGAGCCGCGUCUAACAUACUCAUCAGACUAUACCCUUUUUUUCACAGGUGUAAAACUAAUCCGGUGCGCCCAAUUUUAAUAACCGACACAUUCAAGAUACGCC